AUGACCGAAAACCUCUCGGCUUCUAAUGCUUCGAUCUCCACCGUCCACCGUUGGAUCGCCUUGAUUCCGGAGUAUAUUGUUCUCCUCACCACUGUACCUCCUCACCGUUUGGAUUGGGCAACAGAGCUCCGAUCACCGGUGAGAGAUCCUGCCGAGAGGUAUAUUCCUCCUCCCUUUUUUUUAGCUGAGAUCAAUUGGUGGCAGCAUGGAGAUGGCAGAGAGGUGAUGGCAGCAGAUGGGGAUGAGCUGGGAUCGAGAAACAUGGGGAGGAAAUUGGAUGCUUUGCUGGGGAGAAACUUCAAGACUUCCAAGUUCAUAACUCUGACCAAACUUGCUGUUUCCAGGAUUGGUAUCCUGAAGAACCAGCAUCAAGUCCGGUAUUCACAUGCCCGGUCUGAUGUCGUCCAACUCCUCAACCUCGGUCACCACGAACAAGCCCUUCUUCGGGUGGACUAUUUGAUUAAAGAACAGAAUAUGGUGGAUGCAUUUACUAUCAUGGAAGGCUACUGUAAUCUUUUGAUUGAGAGAGUCAUGCUGAUUCAAAAGAACAAGGAAUGUCCUGAUGAGCUCAAAGAGGCAACAUCAAGCUUGAUGUUUGCUUCAUCAAGAUGUGGAGAAUUCCCUGAGCUGCUUCACAUUCGUGGCGUUUUAUCGUCGACUUUCGGGAAAGAAUUUGUCGCUCGUGCCGUCGAAUUACGCAACAGUUGCAGUGUGCAUCCCAAGAUAAUACAGAAGUUUUCAACACGACGCCCGAGCUUGGAAACCAAAUUGAAGUUGCUUAAGGAGAUUGCAUCGGAGAAGGGUAUCACCUUGCGUUUGGAGGCAACGGCUGUAGAGGAUGUCAAUGAGAAGCAGGAUGAAUCCAUUGCUGAUAAAUCCGCAAAGUUGCAAGAGUCAGACAAUGAAAUAGUCCUAGAUCAAAGGCUAACAGAGUCGAUAAAAGCAAGGAAGAAGUACAGAGAUGUGGCCGAUGCUGCUCAAGAGGCAUUUGAAUCAGCAGCUUAUGCAGCAGCAGCAGCAAGAGCUGCUGUUGAGCUCUCAAGAAUUGGACCCCAAGACUUCGAUCUAGAUGAUCAAACUGCUUCCAUUCAUAAAAAUGAACCAAAAGAUGAUUCUGAUGCAAUGCCAGAUGCCAUAGCAUUCGACAAGCUCGAUUCGGAAUCAAAAGAACAAACAAUGACCCAAACUAGCAAUGACAUCGAGCUGAACGAAACUGAAGAGAAAAAACAAGAUUUAUGGAUAGAAAGGACACUUUCUACUUCAAGUUCAGACAUUUCAGCUGAGGAAAAACUGUCUUUGGACAUGUUUAAUGCUGACAUGGAGAAGGCAAAAGAGGAGACACAGUGGGAAGAGCCACAAGACUUGAGCUCUGAUAUUACCCAAAAUGAAGAAAUCAGUGAGGAUGACAGCAAGUUGGGAUAUCAAUCUUCAAAGCUGACGAACACUGAAAGCUUAGAUUUUGAAGAGAAAUUGCAUUCACAUAUGAACAAAAAGUGGGUGUCAAUGAGGACUAGAAGAGGCCAAUAGGAUCUAAUUUUUAUUUAUUUUUAAUUGU